GUCAUUACAUUCAUUUAGCCUUCCCAGGGCUGUUUGUGAGAAACAACGAGCAAUGCUCCAAAUCGGCAACUUCACCCUUCAACCCCCCAAUGGCGGAGGGACUACGCUCUGCCACCUGCUCUCGGACGAGGGGCUGCUGCGGAAGCUGGCGCCUUCGCUAACGACGGGGGCGGAGGACUGCGUGAGCGCCCUGCGGGCGCUGAACCUGCCGGAUAGUUUCUGGUGUUUUGAGUUCAAGGUCGUGCCCUGCGCGAAGACGUUCUCGCACAAGUGGACCCUGUGCCCCUGCGCACAUAUUGGCGAGACUGCGAGGCGCCGAUGCCCGCGGACAGUCAACUACAAGGCAGUGCUGUGCCCGCUGGUGAAGGCGAAAAAGACCUGCCCGCUCGGAGAUGCCUGUGGUUAUGCACACAAUGUGUUUGAGCACUGGCUCCAUCCGUCCAGGUACAAGACGCGGCUGUGCUCCUUCGGUCGCAACUGCAACCGCUCCAUCUGCUUCUUUGCGCACAGCGCGGAGGAGCUGCGCUGCGUGCCCGCCUCUGACGAGCUGAAGGAGGGCGACGAGCGCGACUACCUGAUGCAGCUCAUCAUGGCGCAGGAGAGCGGCCUGCUGCCGCCCACGCCCGGCAUGCAGGCACCGCUGUCGCCCUCUAUGAUGCCGGGCAUGAACGACCUGCUGUCGCAGGCGCUGCGCUCGCCGCUGCCGCCCUCGGGCCGCCCCUCGCUGAACGGCGUGUCGGCGCCUCUGCCCGCGCUGGGCAGCCUGGGCGCUGACGCGUCCGGCAUGAUCAGCGCGCGCCAGUCCGUGAACGGCCUACCCGACCUCAUGACCACCGCGCGCGCCUCGAUGUCCGGCAUCCCCGACGCCGCCUCCGCGGCCGCUGCCGCCGCCUACGCGCGCGCGUCCAUGUCGGGCGUGCCCGACCACACCAGCUUCAUGGGCGGGGGCAUGGGCGGCCCCGGCCGCGCCUCCAUGCCCGGCCUGCCCGGCGAUGUGGGCGGCCACGGCCCGCACGGGCACGGCCCGCACGGCCACAUGAUGGGCGGCCGUGGCUCGCUGAACGGCCUGGGGAUGCCCCCCGGCGACCCGCUGUCGGUGGCCGGCGGGAUGGGUAGCGGCCGGCCCUCGAUGACGGGCGUGAACGACCCCGCCAACAUGCUGCUGAGCAUGAGCGUGCAGAACAGCAUGCACCGCGCGCUGUCGUCCGAGCUGAACAGCAACGCCGUCUUCAGCACCGCCGCCAUGCAGCGGGCGCUGUCGUCGGAGCUGGCCAGCAGCAACAUGGCCGCCGCCGCCGCCGCCUUUAACGCCAACGCUGCGCAGGCGGCAAUGGAGCGCGCCUUCUCGCGCGAGCUGGCGGCUGCCGGUGCGGCGUCGCCGCUGCACUCGGCGCACGCGGCCGCCGCGGCCAUGGAGCGCGCAUACUCGCAGCGCGAGGUGGGCGGCGGCGGCAUGGGCGGCGGCGCGACGGCCAGCGCCAUGGAACGCGCGCUGCAGCACUCGCGCUCCAUGGGUAGCGGUAACGGCAUGGACGGCCAGCGCUGCCUGGCGCACACGCCCUCCGUCAACAGCGUGGAGAGCGACUCGCUGCUGCACCUGCCGCGCGGCGGCCCCGGCGGCCACGGCCAGCACAGCGGCCUGCCCAUGGGCAGCGCCGCCAGCUCCGGCAUGAUCGGCCCAGCCGGCGGCAUGGCCGGCAUGGGCUUCAUGGGCGGCGCCGGUGGCCCCGGCAUGCCCGUCGUUGAUUUCGAGCCGCAGGCACCGCCGCGCCUGUCCGACCCCGGCGCCAACUUUGGCGGUAUGCCGUCGCAGCAGCAGCAGCAGCCGAUGCAGAGCCAGCACCAGCAGGCGCAGGGCCUGCUCAGCUCCAAGGACUUUGCCGGCUUCGAGACGCUGCUGCCGCUGGUGAACAACGCCCUGGCCAGCGGCGCGCUCAACCUGCCCGCCAUGCGCCGCAGCAACAGCGGCAACAGCGCGAACAGCAACAGCGGCCGCGUGGUGUCGCCGCCGCUGGUGGACGCUGCCGGCUCGCCGACGCACUCGGGCAGCCGCACGCCGCCAUCGCCGAGCGGCUCGGCGGGUGCGGGCGGCAGCGCCGAGCAACCGGUCGAGGCGGGCGGGUCGCCGUCGCGCGGUGGCGGCGGCGGGGGCAGCGGCGGCCCCGGCGGGCUGCCGGUGGAUGCGCCCAGUGCUGCGGCAUACGAGGGCAUGCUGCGGCGUGUGGCGGCCGCGGCGGCGGCGGGCGGCACCGGCGUGGGCGCGGUGCCGGCGGGCGUGGACCAGGGCUACCUGACUGACCUGGUGGCGCGGUUGCAGGACCAGGGCGUGAACAAGGAGCAGCUAGUGUCGUCGCUGUCACAGCUGCUGGCUCAGCUACUGUCGGUGGGCAACUAAGCAGAGACGGCCAGGCGUGGGCAACGUUUGCCGUCAGUUGGUGGUGGCUGAGUAAGAAACGUGGGUCGCACGCGACCUCCGCAAAGCAGGUUGUUUUGAAGCCCAUGCACAUUAUGCUUUUUUUAAGUUCAUCCCCUUGGACCCUCUGAGGUUCUAUCAUUACGUAAUGGUGGUGGUUGUUUUCAAACCCAUAUUGCUGUGCCUGGCAUUUGCGCGCCGCCGCUGUGGACAGCUGACGGAGACCCCAACACGGUGGUGGCCGCUGUGGUUUGUUACGAGUCGGGUCGUGCGAGCUUUCCGGGGACGGGACCGCUUGAGGAGGUGUAUAUACCAUUUGACCAGAUGGAGGGGCGGGACUGAGCCGGCUGCUUGUGCUGCUGACAAUCCAUGGACUGCAAAUGCCUUGCCGGAAUGCACACACUUGACUCGGUGUCACACAUGGGCUGUCAUAGUAGUUCACUGCGUGUGUUUUCUGCUGUGGUCCGAAGUUGAGAUGCUCCUCGGACAGCUAUUGCACUGGCGCGGAAAUCGUUGUUACGGGGGUGGAGAAGGCUGGCUGACUCAAAUACCUGUUUGAGGAACUGAUGCUGCUGAUGCUGCGCUUGCAUGGGGAAAGAGACCCCAAGUUUGGAUUGAGAGGGCGUUCGUUAUAUCGCUACUGCUGCUGAAAGGGGCACUGCGUGGAGAUGCCGCCACGUUGGGUCCUGCGCGCCAUGUCUUGGCGCUAGUCUCGUGUGCCUCGGCAUGACGCAGCGGAGUGGCGGGUGGGCAGGACUGCGGAACAAGCCCCGAACUCGCAAACAAAGGAGCGCUGCGCGGGACCCUUCCUGAAGGGUCUGAUGUGCACGCAUCUCCGCGGGGGCCCUGCAUCGGGCCUCGCCAUGCAGCUGAACUAGAAAGCGCAAGCUGCGGAACCCAACGGGCAAGGUGCUCGGGGUGGAAGAUUAGAUUUGCCAUACUAUCUAUGGAUUGGAUGCUUUGCCUGUAGGGAUUCUUGCAGUGCGCGGAAGGGAGACAGACACAUUUGGGGAACGCGCGCAACACUCGCCUGCUGGCCGUGGGCGGUCAGCGGUUGCGAUGCAUAAACAGACGCACACUCCUAACAGGAGUUGGUGGACGGCGCGUGCUGGUAAGAUUGUGGUAUGGAGAAUAAUGCUCAAGGGUGGCGGGGGCUUCGUUGGGACGCACACAUUCUGAACGGAUGGUGGGAUGCGGCUGCAGAUUUGGAUUCAUAUUUAGCGCUUGCGCAUGUUCGCACAAACAUCAGGACGCGCGCGAGCUCGGAAGGCGCGUGGUGCUGAGACUUGGGGUCGGCUGUGGGGAUCGCGCAUGUUUUGCGUGCAAAAAAAAGAUAUGCUGUUUGUUAUAUUAUCAUCUCCGCAGGGGCAUCAGGGUGCUGUGCGGUAUCACAGACAGUUGGAACGAAUGGAUGCUGCGAACGGGGUGCAUCGAGUAAGGGGUGGUUGCCCCUGCCCGGCUCGAGUAUUGAAUGCCGUGCUUCGGCAGGAGUGUGCAGGGUGGGGCUGGCCCUUGCAAUGUACUGCCCAUGCGUGGCGGCCUGUGCGUGGUUUGGCACGCACCAGCCGCAACGAGAUAGGGCGCGGCAAAAGGAGAACGCAAGGUUGCCGCUUCACGAGGGAAUUCUUUAGCGCUUUUACGGAAAGUGUACAUGAGCGCAGAGCUGGCUACUCCCCAACCCCCAUGCCUUGGCAUACAGGCCGCGGCGUCGCGGUAGGCGUGGUGAAGAUGCGAAUGCUGUUUAGAGUGGACUAGCUCGCUGGAGCUCGCUGUUUGUUGGGCCGUGGGGCUUGCAGAGAAGGCGCACUUUCGGUGCUGCCGGCUUGAUGCGGAUGUGUAGACCGCAAGCGGGGGCUGCGUGGAUGCUUUGAUGAAGAAGGUAUGUGUGCUUGAACCGCGGCGCUGUGCUGGGAUGACAAGGGCCGAUGCUGGUGCGCAAAUGGGGCUGCAUGAGGUAACUAACCACAUUGUUGCUUUUUGGAGAAGUGCGACAGAGCCUCGGAUGCCCUCGUUUGGCCAGUGGCAGUCUGCUUGCGUGGGCGGGCUUGUCGGAUGUCGUGUUAUACCUAUUGCCGGGUUUAAAUUGCCUCAGCCCAAGUUUGUUUCUUGCUGCUGUGGCUCUCGUCUGAAGGACCCUGAGUAGCAUAACGCUACAAUUCAUAGCCACGUGGCAUGACGAGCAACAUGUGCCGUGAGAGUGCCGUUUCGUUCUUUCCGUAUACACGUAUUGGGUGCGCAACCGAUUCAUUCCAACGCUGCCGGGAGGCCGGUGGCGUAGGCGGCGUUGCCUUAGCAGGCGCGGAGACGGAGGAGCUAGGCAUACAAGACGUGUUUUUACAUGCGUGGUGCUGUGCGAGUAUUGCGAUACAACGUGGGGGUAAGAUAUCGUGUGCGGUCCUACCUGACGGGUUGCGGGUUCCCCCGGAUGCCAGGUAUGGAGCGUGAGGCAUCAUUGAUGAUAGUACAGAAGGGCGGCCCAGAUUUCAUCCCGAGCAUAAAUGCAACGGUUGCUGGAACGGCAGAGAUAUGAUACUAGCGGACAAGGCAGGAAUCUAUUUGCGGACGCACAGACGUCGGCAUGGUUGCUGACGAAUAAUCGAUCUCGGAUGCACGGCCUCACAUUCGCGGUAAACCGCACGGGCAGCAUUGUAACAGUCAACGGUA